GCCCUCUUCUCUUCAAAGUUCAAACCUCUCUCAGAUCUCACUCUCUCUUUCUCUCUCCUCAAAUGCACAAAUUCAAGUUCCUAGCCACCCAAUGCGCCGUCGCCGGCAGCCCCACCCGGAGCCCCACCACCAGCCCCGUCAUCCACCUCCGCCGCCGCAAGACCCUCCGCAUGUUCCUGGCCCGCCGCCGAUUCCACCCUCCGCCCAAGGAGCCGCCGCCGAUCCCCCACUCGGAGUCCCGCGUCCGCCACAAGCUCAAGGACCUCUUCGUCUCAUCUCCGCCGCCGCGAGAGGGCCCACACGAAGUCCUCCCUAACUCCUCCGUCGCCGUCCGCUUCCGGCGCUCCGCCGAUCCA